AUGGCCACGCCCCAGAACCAAGACACCUCCGCACCCCGGGCCCCCAACCGCUUCAUCACAGACCACAACGCGGCCGGGCUCUCCGUGUUCGACGCCAGCAUCCCCGAGGCGGUCCCGACGCAGGCCAUGGGCAGGAUGUCGUUCCAGCUCGGGUACGCGACGACGAGCCUGCCGGCCGACUUUUCCUCGGGGGCCGACGUGGCGCAGUACUCGUCGUUCCUGACGGGGCCGCCGCCGGGCAUCUACAUCCCCGGCGGCAGCGUGCUGCGCAUCGUCGAGAUGCAGCCCGGCGGCGCGAGCCCCAUGCACCGCACCGUCAGUCUUGAUUAUGGGGUUGUGCUUGAUGGUGCUGCCGAGCUGGUCCUCGAUUCGGGCGAGAGCCGCGUCUUGGAGAGGGGCGACAUGGUCGUCCAGCGCGGCACCAACCACCUGUGGCGGAACAAGAGCGCCACCGAGACUAGCCGCAUGCUGUUUGUCACGCUCGAGUCCAAGCCCGUUGAGGUCGGCGGCAAGCUGCUGUCUGAGGAUCUGGCUGGCCUGUAA